AUGGGCGCCGAGGCAGAGCAGCAGCAGCAGCAGCAGCUUCUUCCUCCCUCCCCCCAGGCUGGCAAGGCGGACCCGCCGGCGGUGGUGGGGCUGCAGGUGUCGGCGCUGAUCGACCACGUCGCACGCGUCGACUGGUCCCUCCUCGACCGCGUCCCCGGCGACCGCGGCGGCUCGCAGCAGGUAUCUUUUGAGGAGUUGGAUCAUAUUCUGAAUGAAGUGAAUGCCCUUAUCCUUCCUUCCCAUGACGACCCCUCUCCAGUAAGAACUAUGGCUGGUGGUAGUGUUGCCAACACAGUUCGGGGUCUCUCAGCUGGUUUUGGGAUAUCAACUGGAAUAAUUGGAGCUCGUGGAGAUGAUGACCAGGGCAUUUUGUUUGUCAACAACAUGAGCUUUAGUGGCGUAGAUCUCACAAGACUAAGGGCAAAAAAGGGGCACACUGCACAGUGUGCAUGCUUGGUUGAUGCAAGUGGCAAUCGCACCAUGCGCCCAUGCCUAUCUAGUGCAGUCAAGCUCCAGGCCAAUGAGUUCACUAAGGAGGACUUCCAAGGCUCCAAGUGGCUGGUUGUGAGAUAUGCACAACAAAACCUCGCUCAGAUUAUUGAGGCUAUCAGGGUUGCAAAACAAGAAGGUCUCUCGGUAUCAUUAGAUUUGGCUAGUUUUGAGAUGGUUCGUGACUAUAAGUCACAACUAAUUGCCCUGUUGGAGACAGGCAACAUUGACCUUUGUUUCGCCAAUGAGGAUGAAGCUAGGGAGAUCAUAGGGGGAGGGCUGACAUAUGAUCCAGAGGAUGCGCUUGCAUUCUUGUCCAAGCACUGCAAAUGGGCCGUUGUGACUCUCGCUUCAAAGGGGUGCAUCGCAAAACAUGGCAAGCAGGUGGUUCAGGUGCCGGCCAUCGGGGAGAGCAACGCGGUGGAUGCCACCGGUGCGGGCGACUUGUUUGCGAGCGGGUUCCUGUACGGGUUGGUGAAAGGGCUCCCCCUGGAGGAGUGCUGCAAGGUCGGUGUGUGCAGUGGCGGGUCGGUGGUCAGGGCCCUCGGCGGGGAGGUGAGGCCGGAGAACUGGCAGUGGAUGUACAAGCAGAUGCACGCCGGUGGGCUGCUGCUCCCGGAGCUCAAGAACUGA